GUCGUACCCACCAUGGUGCCGUGCACGUGAUGGGCAAGAUGUCCGUGCAACCGCCAUUUGACCUUCUUCCCUACACCACAUCACGUUUGGAGCCUCAUAUUUCUGAACAGAAAUAUGUUUGAUGUCGUGGUCUAAUCCCAGGUCUUAUGUGCUGGCCUAAGAUUCUAAUUUCCCCACCCUUUCAACGCUGUUCUGCACGACUUCUAACGAUCUAACGAUCUUUGUAGCCCAUAGGCUACUGCUGUAUAUACUUCCCCUCGCAUGUUCCCAGCCAACUGCUUCCAGCGGCUGCGGUCUUCCAUAGGCCUGAGGACAAACUUGGCUCGGUCCAGAUUCAUCAAACAACAUGCACUGCCUAUCGCCCGUCGACAGAGCUCGACCAUGCCCUUCAGGAGCCAACGUUCCUGGUCCCCAAUUAUCAUCGGCUCGAUCGCUAGCGGACUUAUCGGAUAUUCAUUAAGCGCUUUUGGGAAACCUUCUCUGACAUCACAGGUUCUGGGAGAGGCGGGACCACAAUAUGGCACUCCAAAAGACUUUGAACAGGCUAUCAAGGAGCUUCGCACUUUGUUUGAUUCAGACGAUGUUGUUUCUACCCAUCCGGAGGACCUUCGUAUUCACGGAUUUUCGGAGAAUGACUACCACCCAAGUGCACCACAUACCGUCAUCGUGUACCCAAGGAGUACAGAAGAUGUAGUCAAAAUCGUCAAGACUGCCGUCAAGUACCGUAUGCCCGUCACCCCUUUCUCUGGUGGUACUUGCUUAGAGGGGAGUUAUCGUGGCAGCCCUGUCGGCGGCAUUUGUGUUGAUAUGUCCAGCAUGAACAAGAUUCUCGAAAUUCAUGAGGCAGACUCGGACCUUGUUUGUCAGCCUGGUGUCGGAUGGAUGGAAAUCAAUGAGACCUUGCAGCAGAAAGGCAUACCGUUGUUCUUUCCCUUGGAUCCCGGUCCAGGCGCAACUAUGGGCGGCAUGAUGAGCACUGGUUGUUCAGGCACAAAUGCCGUCCGGUACGGUACUGCAAAGGGCGAAUGGUUCCUCAAUGCAACGGUCGUUCUUCCCUCUGGAGAAGUCAUAAAGACUCGUCAACGUGCACGGAAAUCUUCAGCUGGUUUUGACACCACGAAGUUGUUCAUCGGUGCUGAGGGUACUCUUGGUAUCAUCACAGAAGUCACCAUCCGGUUAGCUCCUCUUCUGCCAACAACAGUCGCCGUCGUUCACUUCCCCGAUGUCAAAUGCGCGACGGAGGCCGUCAUCGAUGUAAUCAACCGCGGCGUUGGCAUUCAAUGCGUCGAACUCUGCGACUCCGAAUUCAUGCGUUCUAUAAAUUUGUUUGGUGCAUCUCAGCGCAAAUACCCUGAGCAGGAUUCUCUGUUCUUCAAAUUCCAAGGUCCAACGCCUGCUUCGAUCGCCGAGACCGCGAAGAUCGUCGAAGAAAUUGUGCAGAAGCACGGUGGUACUGGUUUUGAACUCGCGCGUUCUGAGAAGGAAGCACGGGACCUGUGGGCAGACAGGAAAAAUGCGCUCUAUUCUGGUUUGGCCCUCUUGGAAGGGAGUCGAGGGUGGAGUACCGAUGUUUGCGUGCCAAUUUCGAAACUCCCGCAGCUUGUGCUUGAAACCAAGAAAGACCUGGAACGAUUAGGCCUUGUAUCAAUACUUAUAGGACACGUUGGCGACGGCAAUUUCCACACCCUGCUUCUUUUCCGUAAUGACAAGGAGCUCGAAACCGUUCGCGAAGCAGUGCAUAUGAUGGUGGAGCGUGCGAUAAAGCUUGAAGGCACUUGCACUGGUGAACACGGGGUUGGGAUUGGAAAGCGGGAAUAUCUGUACGAAGAACUUGGCGAGGGAACGGUGGAAUUAAUGCGGUCCGUCAAGAGGACCAUCGACCCGCUGGGUCUGUUUAACCCUGGAAAGUUGUAUCCAGACAAGAUUGAUAAGAAGUCAAAACAUUGAUGAUUUUUACGAUCAACCACGUAUUUUAUGAUGCAGAAUCAUUGGAGCUAUUCUGUUGUAUUUCUUGAACUGUAUCCAUUCCAUGUGAAUGUAGCGCGACCAUGUCCUCACAUCUUGAAGUUAUCUCCUGUGCCCCCCGAU